AUGGUACAAGGGCUGGAAUGUGUUGAGGAAGAAUGGAGAUAUCAAAACCCAAUAUGUAAACGCACAGAAUGUCGAUACAAGUUUACAAACGUAACAGGUUUACGGCCUUAUUCCUACAAAAGAAGUUUAGUAUCUGAUUCAGCGGAAUGUGAUGAAAACUGUGCUAACGAUACCAGAUGUUCCACUUCUGCCAUGACUGGGGGUACAUUAUGUGGAAGUUACGACACACCAAUCAUCUUCGUGUCGUUUGAUGGAAAUGAAGACAGAUGUAUUGAAAAGUGCAACGAGAUGAGUGAAUGUAAAACGAUUGGCACUGAAAUGGAUUUUUUCUGUGUAUUAUUUAACGUUACCUUGGACAAGAUUCCAAAUAAUCUGAAACGACCUUACCGAACCACUUAUACCGUAGCACAGAAAAUCUGCGAAUAA